GUGCCCGUCAUAUUCGAGUUAUGUGUUCUCUUUGCUAUGAACCAUGUUUAAUUAGAUUCCAAGAUUAAGCAAUUUUUAAAAGAUAAAACCUGAAAAAAAAAACAUAGACAACAAACGACCUUUCCGACAAAUAAAAGUUGUUCGACUUUGGUGAAGAGAUUGUCAAGUACAGAAUAAUAUCAACAGUACAAUGUAUAGAUCUAUGUUUUUAAUACUAUUCGUCCCUGUAUUGACAUUUAAGAUGCAUCUAAAGACGAUAAUAGUCAUCCAAAUAACUCUGAAAAGUUACUUGGUGAGCAAGGAGCUGACGUAAUGGCGGAUUUUACGUCACAUGAGGAAAGAACAAAGGAAACGCAGCGAAUAUCUUCGAUUAAAAGAAACAAAUGGACAUUGGUCGUCGCUUUUUUAAUAUUAUGUAGUAGCGUCACCGUUGGUUUCUCAAUGUACAAACUCAAUGAUAUGUUGCAUGAUGACAAAGAGAUAUCCAGUAUGAGAAAAGACAUAUUGGAUAUUAAAGUUCAGAGGAAAAAGUUUGAAGAUGAUAUUACACUGUUGUUUGUUGGGCAUAGCCGUCAAAACGAAGAUUUAAGCAAGUCUGAAACAAUGAUUCACAAUAUAACAAUGACUUUUAUGGAACUCACAAAAAAAAUAAGUAGAUUAACUACAAAAUGUGAAAGUCAGACCAAACUUCACGUGGAUAUGAAAAGAAAGAUUGAUGACCUGGAAACAGAUAACAAAAAGAGGUUUGGUGAAUUUGAACAAAAACAAAUCAAUCUGAAGCAGAACUUAGAUAGUAUGACAAAAGCACAACAAGGUCUUAGAAAUGACCUAAAAGAGACUCAAAGUAGUUUACAGAAAGGAUCAGUUAAAAGUCUACGAUUCGAAUUUAGAUCAGCACUAAGCAAAAUGGAAGCUGACUCUAGAGCGAACCAAAACUUACAGAAAGAACUAAGAUCAAACCAACAAAGAUUACUUGAGAAAAUUUCAGAAAUCAAGAAUUAUAUUUAAAAGUAACCAAAUGUUGGUCAGAACACUCAAAGUGAUGUUGGAAAAAAUAAACGUUUGGUUUUACUGUUACUCGUCCAAACUGCCAUCUCAUAUAUUUUUGAGCGACUAAUUAUUAACAAAUGUUAACUCUAUAUGAUAGUUUGUAUUAUGCAAGAAUAAAACAACCACCCAUAUAUUUGUAUUACACCUUAACCUUUAUUUCAAUGAAAACAAACUCUUAUUCACAACAUGUAUAUACAUGAUAAAGUGGUUGCCGUAUUGUAUAGACAUCUGUUUGUUACUGUUGAAGACUAUAUUUAGCAUACUAGAUAUCCUUUGCUUAUUGUGGAUAUUUUUUGUCAUUGAGUUGUGGUACCUUUGCGGUAAACUACUAUCUCUUUCAUGUAUUUGACAAAACCUUUAGGAACUUUGGGUCACCAAUGCUCUUCAUCUUCGAUACUUUAUUUGGCCUUUCUAUCUUUUUUAUUCGAGCUUCACUGAUGAGUCUGUUUAUGACGAAUCGCGCGUUUGGCGUACACAAUUUUAAUCCUGGUAUUUUUGAUUACAUGGAUGAGUUUAUGAUCACUAUAAAACUAAACUUGUAAAUCUAAGGGGAGCAAUAUCGUACACGUUUGUGUUAUUAUGAUUGAUCUUACAAAUAUCUUGCAUUUGGACUGUAUGUAUUUAUUUUUUUAUAUUGCGUUUUAAGUAUUCUGCGUCGAAUUCAAGUUAAAUGAUACACCAAAUUCAGAAUGUAUAAGGCCAAACCAAUUGUUAAGAUAUCAAUCAAUAAAAACAAUGGAAAAUUAUACACCACACUAAAUAUGCUUAGUUUCAGACUGAUAUAUAAACCCUUUACAACAAUAAUGACUUAUGAAAUUAAAACAUGGUAAACCAUUCAUAUUACUGUAAAUGUACCAUUUGAUCAACAGUAGUUAUUUACAAUAUGUGUUAACAUGGUUAAUACGUAGGACUUUAUAAUAAUAUUUUAUAUAAUAAGUGCGUGAAAAUGAGUACGAUCG